AUGAACCGCCUCUUUGGCAGCGCGCCCAAAGCGCCCAAGCCCACCCUCAACACCGCCAUAUCGAACCUCGACGGGCGCAUAUCCUCCUUCGACGUGAAAAUCGCCUCCCUAAACGCCGAGCUGGGCACGUACCAAAGCAAAAUGGCCAAGAUGCGCGAAGGGCCCGGGAAGUCGGCGCUGAAAGCCAAGGCGCUUAAGGUGCUCCAGCGGCGCAAGCAAUACGAGUCGCAGCGGGACCAGCUGCAGUCGCAGGUGUGGAACAUGGAGCAGGCCCAGACCAUGCAAGACAACCUCGCCGGCGUCAUGACCACCGUAGACGCCAUGAAGACUACCCAGAAGGAGCUCAAGAAGCAGUACGGAAAAGUCGACCUCGACAAGAUCGAGCGCAUGCAGGACGAGAUGGCUGAUCUCAUGGACGUCGGCAACGAAAUCAACGAGACCCUAAGUCGCGGGUAUGAGGUCCCCGACGAUGUAGAUGAAGCCGAGCUGGAUGCGGAACUGGAGUUGCUAGGUGCUGAGAUGGAGAUGGAGGGCGCGGGCAUGGAGGCAGGUGGCGUGCCUGAUUUUAUGAGGGACGAAGUACCCGAAUUCAUUGACGAACCCCCGGAGGCUAACAAGGUACAAGAGGUAGCAAGGUGA